UGGACCUCUUGGGGUCCUUCCAGACCUAUAUUUCUCUGAUUCGAUUUCUAUGACUAUUUUGCAGCCACUGUUCUGAAACUUGCCGGAUUAAAAGGAUCACAACAAGAUGAUAGAUCACCUCCCACACCCCAUCACUGACUGUUCAGAACAUCCCCUGAGAUCUUCCCCCCUGCAGCAAAACCAGGCGAGGUCAGAACCCCCCUCCGCUACCCCUCGGAGCAGUGACCGAGCCCAGCCUUUCACAGCUGGCUCACGCAGCGUCUCGCAGAUCCAGGGACGUUCUCCCAUCACAGCCCUUGUGUCACAGGCCUGGGCCGGCCCGGCGCUGUGGUGACACCACCCUCUCAUCUCCAGCCCUAGUACCUCGCCCCAGAACUCUGCCACGACACUUUCCUUUUCCAUGACGUCGCCGGCGGCGCUCCUUUGCUCGCCCGUGAACGAGCAGCAUCUUGUGGCUUCGGUAGCUGCUUCCUGCCCUUUGCACGCAGAGAGAGCACGAGGAGGACUUGUAAGUUCCCCUGCCUCCAGCAGACAUCGCUGCCAGGACCUCGGCGCUCGGGCCGCUGCAGGGCAUGGACUCCCAGGUCAAGGAGGGACCUACGACAGGACUGGGGCCUUGCAACGCUGGUCUCCAUUCGAGUGGCAAGAGAUGGGUAUUAUUAAAAGGACUCUGAAACAUGCCACGGCAAUCGCUGGCAGACAUCUCCGGGAUGCUAAGAAGGGGCUGAUGUCUGGGACAAUCAGGGACCCCUCCUCUUCAGCACAUUUAAACCCAACGGCCUCAGCAAAGAUGACAAUGCGGAUGAGCUGGCCCAGCUGGACAGUGCCAGUGCUGGGCUCAGCAGGACGCCAGCCGGGGCCCAGAAGGAGGAGGAGCUGCCUGGCUCUCAGAGGGACCAGGGCCCUUAUACCAGGGGACACGGAGCAGCUGCUGCAGGACAAGCCGCUGGGCUCUUUCCUGAUUCGCUUCAGUGAAAGCACAGUCGGAUUUGUUUUGUCGUACAGGGGCAGGGAUCGCUGCCGGCACUUCAUCCUUGACCAGCUGGAAGACGAAUGCUACGUGAUCCUAGGAGAGGACAGCGCCCACGCCGAGCUUCAGGGCCUGCUUCAGCACUACACCACUGCCCCGGUCACCCCCUACUACGAGUUCCUGACAGCACCAUGCCCCAGGAGCGACAAGAGCCGAGACAGUGGUGGGAUCCCAGCUGGAGCCGAAGCAGGGUCCGGCGCCCCACCCGAGCCAGCAAAUGUCCCCCCAGCAGCAGGCAGCCAAGCAUACAGCCUGGUUCUCAGACAGCCCCAGGCGCCAGGCCAACAGACCCAUCCCUGCCUGCUGGCUGCAGAGCAAAGGAACCAGGGAUGCCCUUCCAAGAAGGUUCCCUGUUCCGUUCCCCUGCUCCCCGCCAAGGCUGGCCCCGCUCUGAGGCCGAGCAGCCCUGUGCAAGAGGCAGGGGCUUCUGCAGAUCCCUACGCCCACAUCAGCAAAACCCCUGUCCCCGCUGAGCAGCCCAUGCCGGCCCAGCCCACAGAGGUCAAGUACCAGCAGCUGAUGCGCUUCCACACCUACGCUGAGCCCCGAGAGGGCUUCCCGCCUCGUGAACGCCACAUCUACUAUGAACCCGACGAGCCCAUCCCCUUCUAUGCCAUGGGGCGGGGCUCGCUGCCCAGCCCCGACCCUGACAAUGUCUACGCGGAGGUAGAGCUGGCGUGCCGGUCCCGGCCCCAGGCUCUACCCAGAGUCCUGCAGGACACAGCCUCCACCCUGCCUCGGGGCUCAUCCAGACCUCCCACCGAGCCAUCCCCAGGACACCGCAGGGUCCUCCGGAGCACGUCGGCGCAGGGGUCCCGGAGGAAGCGGCUGCCUGCAGCUCUCACUGUCGAGGGGGACCAGGGGAGGCCGUCUAGGCCAUCCUCAGAGACCCCGCUGGAGUUUGACGACCCAGUUUACGGCAGGAAGGCAGCCAGCCUGACCAGACCGGUGGCCCCCAGGGGACAGGACGGUCUAGAAAACAUUUACGAGCUGAUUUCUGGAGACCAUCCUAGCCUGCAUGCCUCAGGGAGCAGUAACUCCUAGAGCCCUCCCACAUUCGAGGCAAGCCAGCAGGACACCCCCUGCCAAGGAUUCCAGGGCUUGAGAGCUGCCGGAGAAGACUUCUUCCCCAUCAGCUGCUCUCUAGGACGCAGAGUUGCUGCAGACAUAAGCCCUCAAGACACUGCUGCUCCGACCGCCUCUCUCACGUUUGUGCAGAGCAGCCUGCUCUGUGAAUUCAAGGCGCUCACACAUUCGUGCGCUCUCCCACUUCCAAGGGUGGGAGAUUCAGGAAGCAGGGAAGAUCCUUCCAUGGAAAGGACAAUGAGAUCCAACCCCAGUAAAAAACCCAGCAAGGUCCUCGACUCACAAAGCCUCUUCCUCACAGCUACGACACCAGCUUUGUCGGUUUUCCCAUCCCUCCUGCUCUCUGUCAGAGGUUGCUUGGUACUCAAGACUCAUGUCUGUUUUGGACCUAGGAUGUCAUCUCCUUCCCUUCUCCCCUUGGAGGGGGGUCUUUGCUUUUUGGUGUCAUUGGGCAGUCAUAGAAGCUGUUUCAUGGGGUGGAACUACCGAGUCCAAAUGGGGUGACGAACACGCUCUGGGAUUGAUGGAGAUGCUCACUGACUUGACGCCGCAGAGCUGCUCAGAUAAGAAGGAUCCUUAUUUUUAAAUAAGGGGAAUAAACAGAAGCAAAUGGGAUGAAAUCGACUUACAUGCAGGGUGGGCAGCAUUUAAAUCCUGCUUAAAUGAGGGGCGGGCCUCAGGGUUUAAGUUCCGUUAAGUCCUCUGUAACCAUGAUGGGCUGUAUUUCGCUCUCCCUUCCCUUGAUCACCGCCAGGUGCUGUCUGUAAAUAAAAGCAAUGGGCCUUCACUGAGCCGUGACCUGCCCUUAAGGUGUCUUAGCAUCCUCAGAGAGAACGAAGAGAAGGAAAAGUAUUUGAUCCGGAUGCUGCUCAGCCCAAGCACAGCUGUAAUUCCUCCCCUCCCCAGUCUGCCAGGUCGACAGGCGGGUUCAAAGGCAGCAUUGUCAGAGAGGAAGGAUGGUCUUUAGGCUCUGGCCCAGUAGCAGACAGGAACCCACGUGUCACCACUGCCGCAUGGUUAGGAGCAGCACGGGGAGGCGAGCAGAGGGUGGAGGUACUGGGGGAUGUGGGAACAGAGAGGCAGGGCUACGAAAUGGACGGAUUGUGGAAGCUGGCAGGCAGGAAAUGCUGCUUGCUACAAGGACUGUUUGCAAGAAGUCUCAGCAGCUGAGGGUUCCUCUAGGUAACAUCCGGAGGAAAGGCCUAGGGAACGCUGCAGUUAGGAGAAAAUAAAUAAAUAUUUCAAAGCCAGAAAAUUCAGAGUGAAGGUGAAACUUCCAUGGGAAAGGUCCCUAAGACCUCGAACGCCCUUACCUCUACCUCUUCCCUGACCCAGCUCCCUCCCACAGGGGGGGAUCUGACUUAAUAUGCACCUGGUAACAUGGCUACUAAGCAGCAGGUGGCCAGCGAGCUUCUGGUGUCUGCCAGAUUCUUCCCCCUUCUCCAUCUCAAGACCUACCAUUUCUUUGCGGGGAAGGCAACCGCAAACCCCACCACUGAACAGACCAGCAUAAAAGCAACAGCCGGGCUCACAUGAGCCAGCAUCUGGGCCAAGAGGCCCCUCCAUGAUUCAGCUCCACCGAGAGAAGCCAUUUGAAUGUUCCAUGGCCCUGAAAUCUCCCUGUUCAAUUCCAGGGCAGGGGGGAAUCGUUCUGGUUUCCACCGUUUGCCCAGCAGGGUCACCUCCUAUUCUCCGAUGUAGAAAUACUGCCAAUACUCAGGCAAGCACACCCGUGUAUAUGUUUAGAGUAGUCCCAAGUGCUCAGGGUCCUGGCCCUGAUUCAGCUUGGUCUACUUACGUCAGCACAACUGCAUCACCCAGGCAUGUGGGAAAUUUACACCCGAGUGCCACAGUUACGAGGAUGGAACUCCGGUUGUACCCAGCAUUACGAUGACAGGAAGGCUUCUCCCAUCAACAAAGCCACACCUCUCGGGGAGGGGAGAGUACCUACACUCACAGGAGAUGCUCUCCCCUGUCGGUGUAGGUAGCAUCUUCACUUAAGCACUACAGCACGGUAUGUGUAGACAAGCCUUAAUGCUUUUUCACAGCUCUGGCAGAAGGGGCCUUCAAGUGGGUGUAAGUUACAGCUGUAUCCAUUGUAAUGCUCCGUGCCAGUAGGGUGCAACAGGGCUUUGGUGUACAGGAGUCAGGCCCCGUGGGUUCAGUAUAUUAAAACCAGUAAGAUCUAAUCACUCUGGUGCCAAUCCAGUUUCUGAGAGUGGCAAGAGUGUGUGAACAAUCCCAUCCCCUGAAGAUGAAACCAGAGGGGUGGCUUGGUUCAUUUAAAAGUUUUAUUCCUUUAUCAAAUCUCUUGUCAGAGGAUUUCACUGUACAGAUAUGAAUAAAUUACUCAACAGUAAUUUUUCUUCUGGUCAUUGGAACACUCAAAACGGGCUUUGCAAAGUACUAAAACAACCAGGGAAUUAACCUAUAAACCUGAUUUUAAAAUACCGUCAGACUUCAUUCACCAGGUACUUUUUUGGGGGGAGGGCGGGGGGGGGCACAGUAGAUGAGAGCAAGUUGCCCUUUGGCAUUUUUCUCAAUUGAAUUGCCACACUCAACUGCUUUAGUUGUGGUACAACAAAUAAAACCUUUGAUGUCAGGAAUGUAACGUAAAGAACUGGACCGACUCACUCGUUUCAGCACUGUAAGAGUUCGGCAGCAAACAGCGAACUAGGAAGCGAGGCCAGCACGAAUGGUUAGAUACACACCUCUUCAGAGAGUUGGCCUGUGUAUUAUUUGCAGACAUGCCCAUCUCUGCCUCUGGGAAGUUCAGCAGCUUAAGUGAAAUGAAGAAACUCGUUUUUCAAGUGUUCUGUGAAACACGUUUAAGUCUAGAAAUUGCCUCCCUUUUCCACCCAGGUGGGUGGAGUUAACAUUUAAACCAGAGUUGAUGCCUCAGCAGGAAGUAGGAGUUAUACAGAUAGGCUGAUAAGUUAAAAAAAA